AUGCCUGGUACACAGUUUAAAAUUCAAUCAGCUCAAUACGAUGCAAAUGAACAAUUCUGGAUAAUUAAAUUAAAGCUGAUUCGUGAUCAUAAUGUUUUCAAAUGUUUCCAGAGUACAUCAGAAAGACGAACACUGAAAAACUGCAUUACCGGUUCAUUGCAUACACUUUGCACUGAAAAUACAAAAUAUAUUUUCGAUGAACUGAUGUAUUUAUAUCCAACAGAAAAAUGGAUUUUAGGUGUAAAAAAAGGUGUGUAUUGGAUGGAUGGUAGUUGUAUUUAUCUGGCAGAUUACAAAGCAGCAUUAAAAAUCUGGAUGGAGUUUGCGCGCGAUAAAGAAUUAAACUCUUUGUCUGAUAUCGCACGACUUCAUAAAAAGAUUGGAGGAAGACAAAAGGAAGGUUCGCAAUUGGCAGUAGAACAUUUUAAGUUGGCCAUUGACUUUUAUCUGUUAGCUAGUGAAAAUGCCACAACAGAUUAUGAAAAAAUUCACAUACACAGAAAGCUGAUGAAAAUCUACAAUAAACAUAUGAAAAACACUUUGGAAAACAGAAUGAAAUUAAUCCAGCACACUGAACUCUUUCUUGACUAUUCAUUCCGCCAAGAAAUAUUCGAUAACAUGAAGACAAGUGACAUUAUGAUACAGUUGGCCGGCGACUGCAACGAUCUACACAUGUAUGAUCAUGAACUGAGCUGCCAUGAAAAGCACCUGAUGUUAUUUUCUAAUGGAAAUCUUACGCCGGAUUACGACAUUAUUUCUGGCCUUUACUCCAGUAUCAUCAGAAUUUACACAAAGUAUAAGCCAGAUUACGAACAAGCGCUUCGAUAUCAUGCCAUGAGAGAUCAAAUGAUCACGGAGGACAUGGUAUACAUACUUAUACAGAAAUUGUAUAUAGAAGAGAAUAUGGUAGUAGCCUCUGCUGAUAGUCACAUGCAAUUAGCACUUAUUCAUUUAGCAUUUCAUGAAUACGAUUUAUCUUAUGUGUGUUUUCAAAUUGCUUUACAGAUGAUAGAUGGAAUAGAAGUAGACAUGAAAAAACAACAUUUGGCUACGAUUGAACGAAAAUUGGCUCUUGUUUGCUCGAAACAAAAGAAAUACACUGCAGCGAAUGAACAUCUUGAGAAAGCCAUAAGAUAUUAUCAGCAAGAUAAUCCACGUGAAAAGAAUGAGAAAGUGAUUGUCUAUAUUCAAGAAAGAAUUGCAGAUAAUUACUGUGGAUUGGAUAACUAUACUGCAGCUAUUGAAUAUUAUUUGAAUGCAUCAAAAUUUUACGCCAGCAACAGUUAUAUUUCAGGUCACGAUGAUGAAGAAUCACUUUAUUUUGGUGCCGACAGACUUGGAAGUAUUUCAGAAAAACUAGCUGAUAUCUUCGUUAAAUUACAUCAGUAUACUAUCGUCAAAAAAUUACUGAUCAUGAGUUUGAGUAUUCACUGCGAUGAUAUGCCUGACUUUGAUGAAUUUCAGACAAUAAACGAAUCUCGUGAUGAAACAUCAGUUGAAGAAGUUACUGUUCAAAUGGAGAUGCUUUUAGACAAGUUAAAGAAUAUAGAGAUGAAGAAUGAUGAUACAACACAACCUGUGCAAUACGAACAUUCAAUUACGAUCUUACUUGAAGAUUAUUCCGUAUGGAGACAAAAGAGUCGAUCAAAGCCGCCACGUCAUAUAAAAACAAGUUCGGAUGGUUACAAGAUAAUUGAAGAUGCCAGACGCGCUAUGAAGGAUUGA